GUUGACGUUGAUUACUACAUGGAUGACGCCGUGGCUAACAUGGCUAACAUUGCAGCGAAGCAUAAAUGUGAAGAUUUGCAGUUACAUAUUUGACUUCUAAACAAAAAUGGAUAUUUUAAUAUUCACCAAUUUUCUGAGACAACUCCACAAGCUUGAGAUCCGAAGAAAAGGAUCCUAAACUACACGGAAGUUCUUAGCUAGCUGGACAAACUGUAGGUUAAUGCUUUAGCUAUGCUUUAGCUAUCAGUGCCCUUAGCUAGCUAGCUAACUUGUUCAAGUGGCCACUUUGUAGGCCGAAAAUAAAAAUACGUGGACUUUUUCUUAUAUUUGUGUAAGUAACCUACAGCCCCGACAGCAACACAAUGGACGACAAAUACAGUAGUAACGUUAUCUCGGGUGGGAAGCUCGGUCGAGUUGAGGUGCCAAAUGCCAGACUGACCAGAUAUAUUGUGUUGUUGCUACUCACCAAGAUGUUAAAGGCUUUAGGAAUUUUUGAAUCCUAUGACCUCCUCAAAGUUGUACAUAUUGUGCAGUUUGUCUUCAUUCUUAAAUUAGGGUGUGCAAUGAUUUUGCUUUUCUUUCAAAAACCGUUCUCGUCAGGAAAAAUGGUGGCCAAAAGACAGUGGAUCAAAAUCUUCAAACAUGCUGUCAUCAGCAGUAUAAUCUCACUUUUGGGCUUCUUUGGCCUUACACUCUGUGGACCACUAAGGACAUUGCUGUUAUUUGAGCACAGCGAUGUGGUAGUUAUCUCUCUUCUUAGCGUUCUCUUCACCAGCUCUGGAGGAGGGCCUUCUAAGACAAGAGGUGCUGCUUUCUUCAUCAUUGCAGUCAUAUGUCUACUGCUGUUCGAUAAUGAUGACCUCAUGGCAAAAAUGGCAGAACACCCUGAGGGUCACCAUGACAGUGCUCUCACCCAUGCACUGUACACCGGGAUCGCUUUUUUAGGUGUGGCGGACCAUAAAGGUGGAGUUGUGUUGUUGGUUCUGGCUCUUUGUCUAAAGGUGGCCUUCAACACACACUCUAGAAAGCUGUCAGUGGAGAUCGGAGGAGCUAAGCGUCUCUAUGCUCUGUCCAACCUGGUUUCCGCUGUAGUGCUGCUGCCUUGGGUCAUUGUGCUGUCUGCCACCACUGAGAGCAAGGUGGAGUCCUGGUCUGGCCUGAUCAUGCCCUUCGCCAUGAUCGUAUUCUCAGUGAUGAUCCUGGAUUUCUACGUUGAGUCCAUCUGCACAGCAAAGCUGGAGGCACCAUGCUCAGCUCGCUAUGGCUCCAUCUUCCUGUUCCUGAGUGGUCUGCUACUGGCCAACUUCUGGACACACCCUCUGACUGACCAGCUCCGGGCUAUGAGCAAGCCAGGGCAGCAGGCCAGCACUGAGCAUGUGCUCUCUGGGGGUGUGCUGGUCAGUGCUUGCUUCUUCAUCCUGUCUGACAGUAUACUGUCAUCUCCCUCUAAGAAAGGGCAGAAAGGCACAUUGGUGGGGUAUUCACCUGAAGGAAUCCCUCUUUAUAACUUGAUGGGAGAUGCCCUGCAGCACAGCUCCCAGUCUUUACCUCGAUUCAUCAAAGACUCACUCAAGCAGAUCCUGGAGGAGUACGAUUCUCGACAAAUCUUCUACUUCCUCUGUCUCAACUUGGCCUUCACGUUUGUGGAGCUCUUCUAUGGUGUAUGGACCAACAGUCUUGGUCUGAUCUCAGAUGGUUUCCACAUGCUGUUUGACUGCUCUGCUCUGGUGCUGGGACUCUUUGCUGCCCUGAUGACCAGAUGGAAAGCAACUAGAAUAUACUCUUAUGGGUAUGGCCGUGUUGAGAUCCUAUCUGGGUUCAUUAAUGGUUUAUUCCUAAUGGUCAUCGCCUUCUUUGUGUUUGUGGAAUCGAUCUCCAGACUCAUAGACCCUCCAAACAUAAACACAGUGAUGCUAGCGCCAGUCUCUGUGGGCGGACUUAUUGUGAACCUGGUGGGCAUCUGUGCCUUCAGCCAUGCCCAUUCCCAUGGGGCAUCUAAGGGCAGCUGCUCAGGCCAUGAGCAUGGCCACUCGCACCAUGGCCAUGGGCACGGAGAACACGGCCACAGCCAUGGAGGCCACGGCCACUCUCACGGUCAUGGUCACUCCCACAGCCCUGGAGGAAGAGGCAUGAAUGCUAAUAUGAGAGGAGUCUUUCUGCAUGUGUUGGCUGAUACAUUGGGCAGCGUCGGAGUCAUCAUAUCCACGGUUCUUAUCAGUCAGUUUGGCUGGCUGAUAGCAGACCCCAUAUGCUCUCUGUUCAUUGCCACACUCAUCUUUCUCAGUGUCAUUCCUCUGUUGAAGGAUGCCUGUGAAGUCCUGCUGCUGAGGAUUCCACCUGAGCACGAGAAGGACCUCAACUUUGCCCUUGAAAAGAUUCAGAAAAUAGAGGGUAUCUUGUCUUAUCGUGACCCGCACUUCUGGAGACAUUCUGCAAACGUCGUUGCUGGAACCAUUCACCUACAGAUCAUGUCCGAUGUUGUGGAGCAGCGAGUUAUUCAACAGGUAACUGCAGUGCUUAAGGAUGCUGGAGUAAAUAAUCUGACAGUGCAGGUGGAGAAGGAGGCCUAUUUCCAACACAUGUCUGGCCUUAGCACAGGAUUCCAUGAGGUUCUGGCAAUGACCCAACAGAUGGAGUCCAUGAAAUAUUACAAAGACGGCACAUGUAUCAUGUAACCAGUUGUGUAAAAAAUGUAAAUGAUUUUCCUUUAAAUAAAAAUUUAUUUAGUUGUG